AUGUCCAGUUUGAAAGAAAUCAAAUCAUGUGAGAUCGUCCUUCCAUCACCCAGCCUUUAUAUUCCAAAUGGUACAUCACCAUUAACAAUCAAAGGAGACAUUAAACUCAUACUUACUGCUCCAUUAAAAGUGACUCAAGUUGUAUUGAAGCUUCAUGGAUUUUCUCAAUUUAAUAAUUCUCAAAAAUCUGCAACACGUAAUCUUACAACCAAAGAUUUGAUUAAACAAAAACUUACAGUCGUCAAUGUUACAAAAACAUACAACACCGGUGAAAAUUUACUUCCUUUCGCAAUCACCAUAAAAACUCCACAAAAUCUUCUUGGAAGUGUAGAAGGUAAACAUGCCGCUGUACGUUAUGUCUUAACUGCCGAAUUAACAAAAGCAAGUCCACAUGCUAUUCAAAAAACCUCAAAGAAUGUAAUUCUUCGUAAAAAUGUAUUUGCGAAUGGGGUUAAUAUUGAUGAGAAAGUCGUGUAUGAAGAUGAAAGGGAAGGAUUAUUAAAGUACAAAGUUCAGAUUUCCAAAUUUGUGAUCAUUGAAGAUGAAGGAGAUGUUGGAGAAGACGAAAAUGAUACACCUACUAAGGAACCUCGUGCGAAAGUCAAAGUAGAAGCUACAUUCGAGUCUUUAGAUAAUGCUGGCGUUAAGGAAGUCAAAGUUGAAGCCUUUGAGUACGAAAUGUAUAGUCUUACAAAAUUCAAUUCUACAACCGGAUCUGCCUCAUUAAAUAAUUCUACCGCUCCAAAAACAACAACUUCAGCUCCUAAGACUAAAACUCCGACAACAAGAGCCACAGCAAAGAUUCCAGCAUUUUCUAAUGUUAAUAUACCAAAUCCUCAUCAUACCAAACCUCUUUUAACUCCCCCGAUUACAAUUCCGGUGUCUUCUACUGCAUCUGAGCCUGUCUCAUUUGAAAUUCCGAUAUACCUUAGAAUGAAGCCUGAUUCGAAUGUUAAUUUCUUGGAAAUCAAACAUGAAGUUAUCAUGACGAUAAGAUUCGAUAAAUUCAUGUUAGCUCCGUUGAAACUUGAAGUUCCUAUUUCCGUUAUAACCAAAAAAUAA